AUUUUUUUUAAAAAUUAAAUACGUUUUCAAAAUAAACAUUUUUUUUCAAUAAAACAUUUUCUAUGAUGAAAAAUUCACCGUUGAAAUAUUUGAUUCCAUUUCUGCUGUAUUGUAUUGACUGGACUUUUGCACAGAAUUUCGCCAAUUGUGACUUUUACAAAGAACUCACCCCGAAUGUUGUUUACUCUUUCACAUCACCAAACUACAAUAAUCCAUAUGCACCGGGCACUUUUUGCCGUUACACAGCUCAGGCUCCUGCUGGCAAUCAAAUAAUUCUAAGAUGCACUGAUGUGAACUUACCUUAUUCAGACCGAUGUGCAGGUGAUCGACUGCAAGUGUCCAGAGCUGGUAAUACCAAUUUAGCAGACAGCGAACGAUACUGCACUGGACCAUUUACAACGAAAUCAUUUUCAGAACGAAUUGUUGUUGCUCUGUUUUCCCCGCCACAAAGUCGAGGUGGAACAUAUCGAUGUGAAUUGUACGCCACUAAAGGGUGUGAAUGUGGCAGAAAAAAUCAGGCGCGAAUUGUAAACGGUGUCGAAACUGGCAUAAAUGAAUACCCAAGUAUGGCGGCGAUCGUAACAAAACAAGAUGGUCAAGUUCAAUGUGGAGCGACAAUAAUUGAUCAGUAUUACGCUUUAACAGCUGCCCAUUGCGUCAAUUCACCGGGAAAGUUUGCGGAGCAGCUAGAGCUAUUGGUUGGCGAACAUGAUUAUAGAAAUCCAUCUGAAACACCGUAUACUCAAAAGUACGCAAUUGCAUCAGCAGUUAGACACCCGAGCUAUUCAUCGGAGAAGGAUAUUAAUGAUAUUGCGCUCAUAACACUGGCCAAACCAAUCGCAUUCAACAAUGGUGUUGGACCAAUUUGCCUCCCCUUCAAAUAUCAAUCAGCAUCGUUUGAAGGUCGUAGCGUUGUUGCUCUGGGAUGGGGCACUAUUGAAUAUGGUGGACCCGUUUCAAGUCGGCUUCAAAAAGUGGCAUUGGACGUAACGAGUCAGCUAAAAUGUGAAGCUGCAUACCCCAAUCGAAUAACCUCUGGACAGUUCUGUACUUACACAAGAAACAAAGAUACAUGCAGCUAUGAUAGUGGCGGACCGUUGCUGUUUAGUGAUGUCACUGGCAACAAUUUACUCUAUCAAAUCGGAAUUACCAGCUUUGGGGUGAACUGUGCUUCAUCAAUGCCGAGUGUCAGCACCCGUGUGGCCGCUUAUUUAGACUGGAUUACGAGUGAAGCUCGUUACGCACGAUUUUGUGUUCAAUAA